UUCAAAAUGCAUAACACAUGCUUCCCUCCGAAAAGCUGUGGGAAACGGAAACCCUAAAUAACACGCAGCAAUCGCAAAAGAAAUUGGGUUGGUUUUCAUCAUCAUCCCGGUCCGGGCUUAAUGGAUUUCAAGAUUGCUACUGGAGUUGAGAAAUCAGCUUGUCCGUCUCCUGCUCCGGUGAAAAUCCCAGCAGUUGAAUGUGAAUGUCCGACGCCAGAGAAGAUAGGUGACCCUUUGCCCACCAAUUUACAGCAGGGACAGCUCCAACGUCCGGACAAUUACAGGAGUGCAGCAGAUUUCCUUGAUCAUAUGAAUUGUUCGUUAAGGUUGCUUCGUCUGCAUAAAAAGUCAACUACGUUCCGGAAUAUAUCUACUCAGGUGGAAAUCCUGGCAAAAAGAAAGUUCUUAUACAGGCAUCUUGCUCAGAUAAAAUUUAUACUUCCUGAAGCCAUAAAGAUAGAUUGGGUUUUGGUGUCUGACAAGGAAACUCAAUUCAUGAAGCCGGAUAUAAACAUCAGCUUGCUAUUUGAUAUUGUAAAAGGUCACCGUGAGAUAUCUGAUUUUACAGCUUUGCGCCAAGUUUUUGCUUCUAGGCUUAUGAGUUUCUUUGCAAUGCAUCCUGAGGCUUCUGAUGUUCCGGAGGCCAUAUUGCCAGAGCCUUUUAGCAAAAGAAGUCAGAUACCUGUCCUGAAGCAAUUGUCUACAGAUUUUUCGAUGGAACCUAAACCAACUUCAAUUGAAACUGAGCUGUUGUCAGAAAAAGUCUGUCCAUAUCCAUAUAUCAGUAGACACUUUUCGCGGAAUAAUGUUAUUGCUAAAACAGAAAAAACCCAAGUCUUAUCAUCUCCACUACCUCUGCCAUCGGCUGAUGGUAUGAAUAACCAAAGUAUUAAAAGUGGGCUGCAGAAAGAGUUUCUUGUUGUGUCUUACGAUCCUGAGCAAGACAUCAAAAAUUGGCAGCGGAAAGAAUCAUGCUCCAAAUCCAGUAUUAUUGACCACUCAAUACAUCUGAAUCACCCUCAGCCUUCUUUUGGUUCCAGCAUACCUGAUAGCCCUCUUGUGAAGCUCACCUCAUCCGCCAAUAGUUUGAUGAUAGAAACUCCUCAACCAUUGACACCAAGGAGAUCGAUGCGCAGUUGUGAUGCCAAGCAUGAGACCUUGAACACCCAAAAAUCAACAUCUUGUUAUAAGCCUGCAAAAAGAGUUCUAGACUUCUCUGACCUAGAAGGUGAUAAAAGUGCAUUGGACUACACUGCAGAUGAGUCAGGAUGCUACAAUAUUGUACACCAAGACAUCCCUAAAGCUAUAGGAAAAACUGUCGGAGAUAGAUACCUCACUUGUUCUCCAGCAAGGCAAGAGGUAGAACGGGUCCUUGGUUGCUCUAAUGAGGAUUGCAAGAAGACUCAAACAAGCUCAUUGAUGCGCCUGCAGAUGUCUACUCGCCUAGCUGACAUGGUUACUCUAAUUUAUGGUGUAUUGAAGUCUUUUAACUGGUCUCCUAUCACCAAAGAGGAGCUUGUGCACAAGAUAAUUAUGAAUAGUCUUGAUAUUACUGAAAGAAAAGAAGUUGAAGAACAGUUUGGGCUUCUUGAAAGGCAUGUUCCAGAUUGGAUCCAGAGCAAGUUGCUUUCUAGUGGGGAUAUUAUGUACACCGUCAAGAAAGUGCCAAAUUUGGACUCAGUUCUAUCAAAGCUCAAGCAUCUGACUGUUUCAGACCAAAAGGUGGAAGCAUCUGAGGGAUGAUCCGUUCCAGCAAUAAAGUUUCUUGCUCAAGACCCUUUGGCAGUUGUGUUGGAAAGGAAACUGUGAAGAGUCUUGCUGUAUCAAGUUGCUUCGCUGCUUCAUUCUAGAGAUCGGGUGGUUAUUUAUAUUUCCAAUUAGACCACAAGGGAUUCCUUUGGUUUGUUGUAAUGUGGAUAUAUAUAUAUGCUAGUGAAUACCAUGUAUGCUGUAUAUUUUUGCCUUUUGGUCAAUCCGUUUCCGUAGUCCGUCCGAGGCAGAAAGAGUGUUGCGGACUUUGGGUCACCGUGAAACGUUGUACUGAAACGAGAACGAGACCGAUUGUGAAUGUAAUACAUGCAUCUCGUAGAAAUGCUUGAGGCAGAAUGUCGUCUUAAAAUAAACCAUCCCGGAAAUUGAUGUCUUACUUGACCCUAAACAAGUUAUAUUCAUUCCGCCAACUCGUCCUUAAUUUGCCCACUUGGGGCGCAAUCAACUCAAAAUUUUUUCUCUGAUACGACGCAAUCAACUCAAGUUCUAAUACUUCAUUAACUGAUAGCCCAUAUAUGUUUUAGCUGGUAAUCUAAAAAUGCUGGGCGUGGCCUCCCCGAUCCGAUUAUAGACUAGAAGAUAAUGCUGGUAAGCGUUCGGCUCUUCGGCAGCGUAUGAGCUUGGCCGGUGGGGCCUUUUUUUUUGUUUUUGUUUUUUAUUAGUCAGCGCCAAAAUUGACUCGGUUUCUCAGCGCCAAAUUCCAUUUCGUCUCUCUCUCUCUCUCUCCCCCCGUCUCAUCGAAUCCGGCCCUCGCCUCCAAUCCGGCACCGCCAAGAAUAUAAAGCCUCACAACCCUUCCCCUCAAUCUCAACCUCCUCUGAUUCGAGGUUCAAACCACUUUUAAGUUUUAACAAAUACACACGGUUCUCCAACUCUCUCUCUCUCUCUCUGAUAGUCAAGCUAUUUACUUGAAGAAGAUACGUUGGUCCUGGUGUUGAUGUGGUUCAUCUUUUACAAUAGCUCGCGGUAUUUAACAGAAUUUUGCAAGAGGCAUCUAUGGUGAGAUCUAGAGAAAGCAUCGAACUGGAAGGUUUAAAUUUGUGCUACAAUUAGUGUUUCCUUCAACUUGCGAAAAUGUUGACUUUGUGGGAGCAACUGUGGUUGUACUGCCCGUUUCUACACCAUUUGCUCAUGUAUUUGGCUUAUAUUUAUUCUAUUUAGCAGAUUGUAUUACUCCUUGCUGUAUACUCAUUGAAGAUUAUGGUUCUUGGUUAUGACCACAGCACUGUGGCUUGUCUUGUCAUUUCUGAAAGCUUUGGUUGCUCUCCCUCAUUCUAAUCUCUGACUAUAAAUAAAUUUUCCAAUCCUUCCUCAUUUCCCA